GAUUCUGCAGUUUCUGAAAAUGUUUGGAAGUUUUGUUUUGCUUUUGUAGAGCAAGUAUAUUGUAUCAGGUGGAAAAAUAAACUUAGCCGACGACAUGUCAGGUGCAAAGGAAUUGUUUGGAUGGGACUUGUUGUAUCGUCUUGUAGAAAACACAAUAACAAGAAAAGAAGAUAUUUUAGUUGCUUUAGUACACUGGAAGCUGAUUAACUGUGGCUUCAAAUGUCUUGGAGUUGGAAAUGAUACGACAAUAAAGGACUCUGAGACUGGUAGUGAAGCUCUUCCGGAAGACUGGAACAAGGAGGCCAGCUAUGCUCUGCGCUAUGUUUAUGAAAAUAAACUGUAUGUCCUGAGAGGUGCUAGAACAGAGGAUGACAUAUUGUUCAACUUGCUGUUGAUGCCAGAUUUAAAUGUUGCAAAGGCAUUAUUCAAUGUUGAUGAAACUGUGAAAGGUCUUAAAGGUCCCAUCGAGACAUUAAUACCAACGUACAAGGAAGCAAUAGCUCAGAUUCAGAAGGAUUUGUUGGAUCCUGUAUUUUCUGGUGUUAAUAAAGAAGCAACUACUCAGACUCCGGCACAGCCACAACGGGCACCAGAUUAUGAUCCUUUACGAAUAGAUCGUCCUCGUCCUGAAAGAGCUAUUCCGGAUCCUGAUGCUAUUUGGGACCCACUGGCCUUGAGAGAUCCACUUCGGGACCCACUACAAGUUGGUCGCUCUGAUUUGGAUCCCUUUGCACGAGGUGGUGGAAUGAUAUUCAAUCCAUUUGGUAGAGGUUCACAUGGCAUUGACCCUGAAGGUCCACCAGGAAUGCCUGGUUCACUUCCAAGAGGUGCUGUGCCUCCUGGAGCAAGGUUUGAUCCCUUUGGUCCUCCUGGGUUGGGCCGCCGAGGAGGUCGAGGCGGUCCAAGCAGAGGCGGAUUCGGCAUGCCAGAUCACGAUCACUUACCUCCUCCAGGAUAUGAUGAUAUGUUCAUGUAAAUAAGUUGAUUCAUUUGUAAAGUCAUAUCAACAGUUACAAUAUAUGUUAUACCUUUUCACUAA